AUGUCUAAAGAUGAUGAGCUUUCCGUAGAACAGCUAGAGGAACACACCGUUCGAGUAGGUGAUCGCUUUCAAACUAGCUUGUUGUGGAAGCAUCCUAAUAUGCAGCUACCAGACAGCCUGCCUAUGGCAAAAUAUCGCGCGAAAUGCUUGCUGAAGAAAAUGCAACGUGACCCACAACUUGCUGAGCAGCUUCAAAAUAAGAUUGCCAACUAUCUGCGAAAAGGAUAUGCCCGGCGAAUGACAUCCGAGGAUGCUGCCGCCAAAAGAUAUUGGUACUUGCCUGUUUUUGCAGUGAGUAAUGCUAAUAAGCCAGGCAAGGUUCGCCUGGUGUGGGACGCAGCUGCUACGGUAAACGGUGUUUCGCUUAACACUAUGCUCUUCGCCGGCCCUGACCUGACAACCCCACUUCUAUCCGUUUUAUUUAAAUUUCGACAAAAACGCGUCGGCAUCACUGCCGAUAUAGAAGAGAUGUUCCAUCAGGUGCGGAUCCGUCCUGCGGAUCAAACUUUUCUGCGUUUUCUGUGGUACGAGCAAAAUAAUACAGAGAGAGAUGACGUUCGGGUCGAAAUGUUCUCCGAGCUGCGCUCAAUUUGUAAAAAAAACAAAAACGCAGCUGAGUUUCGAGAUCAAUUUCCUCGUGCUGCUCGAUGCAUAGUGGAAAAUCACUAUGUUGAUGACAUGUUAGACAGUGUGGACACCGAUGAGGAGGCAGUGCAGCUGGCACUAAACAUUCAAUAUAUCCAUUCCAAAGGUGGGUUUCAUAUUCGAAAUUUUCUUUCAAAUUCAGACCGCGUGUUGAAGGCUUUGAAUGUAAGGUCAGACAAAGCCCUUUGCCUAAAUUUCGAAAGUGAACUACCAACCGAAAAGGUAUUAGGUAUGUGGUGGAUUGCAUCUACAGACCAUUUUACCUUUAGAGUAUCAGCCAAGUACAAGGAAUCUAACUUAUUAGUUUACCAACGUCGGCCAACUAAACGUGAAGUGUUGAGCCUUGUGAUGACAAUCUACAAUCCGCUUGGACUCAUCGGAUUUUACGUGAUAUUUGCGAAAAUAAUCUUACAGGAGAUAUGGAGAUCAGCUUGCGGCUGGGAUGAUCGCAUUCCUGACGAGCAGUUUACAAAGUGGCUUCGAUGGAUUCGCCUUAUUCCAAAAAUUGAAAACAUGCGUAUUCCACGCAACUACAUACGCACCGAGUUUGACAGCCCGCCUCAAAUAGAACUGCAUACCUUUGUCGAUGCUAGCGAGUCAAGCUAUGCAGCUGUGAGCUACAUGCGUUACUCAGAUGGUAAAAUUGUUGACUGUGCGAUGGUUUCUAGUAAAACUAGAGUCGCACCACUUAAGGUGAUGUCUAUUCCUCGGCUGGAAUUGAAGGCAGCGCUCUUGGGAGCUCGUCUCUCUAAGCACGUCAGAGAAUCACACUCCAUUUCAAUUGCCACUUCCACAUAUUGGUCCGACUCGCGCACCGUCUUGGCCUGGCUACGAGCUGAUCAUCGCCGAUACAAACAGUUCGUCGCCUUUCGAGUCAGCGAAAUUUUGAAGUUUACCAAGGUGGAUGAGUGGCGUUGGGUGCCAACCAUCCACAAUGUUGCCGAUGAAGCAACAAAAUGGCAUGGAGAUCCCGAUUUUUGUAAUGAAAGCCGUCUACAGGGACCCGCAUUUUUAAAGUUGAAACCGGGUGAGUGGCCUGUCCAGCAGAUGAAUGUGAAGAGUGAGCUUUCUGAAGAACUUCGCCCGCAGUAUGUGGGCUUCAACCGCGAAUUAGCACAAUCAAAUCUCAUCACUGCCAAUCCUGAGCGAUUUUCUUCGUGGAAUCGUCUUCUUCGUACCACUGCGAAAAUCAUAAGUUGUGCUCGAAGCUGGCUUAGUGUGGUACGAGGCGGCGAUGUUGUGCAUAACGAGCUCGACUCUGAAGAUCUUUGUAAAGCGGAAAAGCAACUCUGGAAAAAAGCACAGCUCGACGCUUUCGCUGAUUCAAUAGCUUCGUUAUUGAAGCGAAAAUGCAUCGAAAGGUCUAGCGAUAUUUAUAAAUUAUCACCUUACCUUGACGACGAUAACGUAUUGCGAAUAGACGGGCGAGUAAAACUGAAUGAGAGAAAAGAUCCUGUGUUGCUACCACGCAAUCAUUACAUUACACGUUUUCCUACACAGGAGUGGAUUAUUUCGGCCCACUUCUAG